AGUCACCGGCCCCUGCCUGAGAAUGCCUGCGUGCGUGUAGCCUCUGCAGAGAGGUGCUUCUCCUGAGUCCCCAGGGGCCGCCCAGCCUCGGAGAACCGGGGAGCAGCGUCCCAGCCAUGAGCCCCUGCUUGACUUCGCUGGGGGGCAAGGGGCUCAGAGCGCUCACGCCCCUCCGGGCGCCCCGGAGGGAGAGGUGAGCUGGGCAGCCAGCGCUGCCGGAGCCCCAGGCCUGUCAUGGUGGCCGCCCGCAGGCCGGAGGCCCUCCCCGACGGGUUUGCAGCUGAGCUUGUGUGUCUGGCGUGGGAAGAAGAUGGGGAGUUACUUGUCCGUCCAGGCUUACUUCACCUCCAGAGACCCCUUCCGGUGUUCUGAAUGCCAGGAUUCCCUCACCAACUGGUACUAUGAGAAGGAUGGGAAGCUGUACUGCCACAAGGACUACUGGGGGAAGUUUGGGGAGUUCUGCCACGGAUGCUCUCUGCUGAUGACGGGGCCCGUCAUGGUGGCCGGGGAGUACAAGUACCACCCAGAGUGCUUCGCCUGUAUGAGCUGCAAGGUGAUCAUUGAGGAUGGGGACGCAUACGCCCUGGUGCAGCACGCCACCCUCUACUGUGGGAAGUGCCACAACGAGGUGGUACUGGCACCCAUGUUUGAGAGGCUGUCCACGGAGUCCGUCCAGGACCAGCUGCCCUAUUCCGUCACACACAUCUCCAUGCCGGCCACCACCGAAGGCAGGCGGGGCUUCUCCGUGUCCGUGGAGAGUGCCUGCUCCAACUACGCCACCACUGUGCAAGUGAAAGAGGUCAACCGGAUGCACAUCAGUCCGGACAACCGCAAUGCCAUCCACCCCGGGGACCGCAUCCUGGAGAUCAACGGGGCCCCCGUGCGCACACUCCGCGUGGAGGAGGUGGAAGACGCCAUCAGCCAGACGAGCCAGACGCUGCAGCUCCUGAUCGAGCAUGACCCUGUCUCCCAGCGCCUGGACCAGCUGCGGCUGGAUGCACGGCUCUCUCCCCGUGCGCAGAAUGACAGACACGCGAACACCCUCAGCCCCCUGGACACCAAGGAGAACCUGGAGGGGACGCUGAGGAGACGGUCCCUGAGGCGCAGUAACAGCAUCUCCAAGUCCCCCGGCCCCAGCUCCCCCAAGGAGCCGCUCCUGCUCAGCCGUGACAUCAGCCGCUCAGAGUCCCUGCGCUGCUCCAGUAGCUGCUCACAGCAGAUCUUUCGGCCCUGCGACCUGAUCCACGGCGAGGUCCUGGGGAAGGGCUUCUUCGGGCAGGCCAUCAAGGUGACGCACAAAGCCACAGGCAAAGUGAUGGUCAUGAAGGAGCUGAUCCGGUGUGAUGAGGAAACGCAGAAGACGUUUCUAACUGAGGUGAAGGUGAUGCGCAGCCUGGACCACCCCAACGUGCUCAAGUUCAUCGGCGUGCUGUACAAGGACAAGAAGCUGAACCUGCUGACGGAGUACAUCGAGGGGGGCACGCUGAAGGACUUCCUGCGCAGCGCGGACCCGUUCCCCUGGCAGCAGAAGGUCAGGUUUGCCAAAGGCAUCGCCUCUGGGAUGGCCUAUUUGCAUUCCAUGUGUAUCAUCCACCGGGAUCUGAAUUCGCACAACUGCCUCAUCAAGCUGGACAAGACCGUGGUGGUAGCUGACUUUGGGCUGUCACGGCUCAUAGUCGAGGAGAGAAAGAAGCCCCCUGUGGAGAAGGCCACCGCCAAGAAGCGUACCUUACGCAAGAGCGACCGCAAGAAGCGCUACACGGUGGUGGGGAACCCCUACUGGAUGGCCCCUGAGAUGCUGAACGGAAAGAGCUACGACGAGACAGUGGACGUCUUCUCUUUUGGGAUCGUCCUCUGUGAGAUAAUCGGGCAGGUGUAUGCAGAUCCUGACUGCCUGCCCCGAACACUGGACUUCGGCCUCAACGUGAAGCUCUUCUGGGAGAAGUUUGUGCCUACAGACUGCCCCCCAGCCUUCUUCCCCCUGGCCGCCAUCUGCUGCAGACUGGAGCCUGAGAGCAGACCGGCAUUCUCCAAGCUGGAGGACUGCUUUGAGGCACUGUCCCUAUACCUGGGGGAGCUGGGCAUCCCUCUGCCUGCAGAGCUGGAGGAGCUGGACCACACCGUGAGCGUGCAGUACGGCCUGAUCCGGGACUCACCUCCGUAGCCCUGGCCCAACCCCCUUCCGGGGGGCAUCCCCCAGCCAGCACUGCCCCCUCUGCGCCCAUCCCUGCUGCGGGCAGGGCCGGCCAGGCCUCCCGGGGAUCGGCAGCUCAUUCAGAAGCAGGACUGGCCAUCCUCCUAUGUCCCUGGAGGCAAGCGGGCACAGCACCGGGAAACGUCCCCGCGGGUCCUGGAGCCCGGUUACUGUCUGUAAAUCCAACACUCGCCUGGAAGCUGUGAAGAAAACAAGCAAAGCCUGGUCCCUGAGCCAGGAGGAGUAUGUUACUCUUGACCACUCGGGAGCCCCCUGGCAGUGGAUUCCCUGAGGCCCUUGCUGACACUAACCAGCAUACCCUGGACCUGCUGGGCAGGCUCCCGGGUGCACCGCCGGCGGCCCUGAGGCCUCUGGUUCCGCCUGUGCAGGAGGACUUCUCGUGGAGUGUGGCAGAGAGUGCGGCCCUCCGAGGACGGGAAGCGACCGCGAUGCUCCCCGGCCCUGGCGCGUCCCGCCCUCCCCUGGGCAGCGUUGAGGGGAUGGGCUGUAAAGCGUCUCCUGGUCGGUUUGUGGUGGGUCCGGCCAGGAGUCAGGAGCAGGGCUGGUUUCUGUUCGCCUCCUGGGCCCCGGGGCCACAUCGAGGGGGAGCCUCCACUGUGUUCUCACACUGAGCUCCAGACUGGCGGGGAACUCGUGUGCGCACCCGUCCUGCCAGCGGCGGCGCAAGCGCAGGAGGCAGCCAGACUGAAGGCAGAGGCCCUGCCCUCUCGAAAGCCCUGCUGUCCUGGCUGCUGUCAUUUGCACGCUCACGUGCGCUUCAUCCAGGAGCCCGGGAUUGUGCCAGGCAGGCUCUGGAGGACACUGGCUAGUGGCAGGCCCAGCGACUGGAGUGUGGGGUGACCUUGCACCAUAUUUAACAAGUGAGGAGUGGGUUUGGGACCUUACUGCGGUGUGUGUGGUUGUGCUGGGGGCAGGGGCGGCUGGGUGACGUGGGAGAAGGCGGUUGCCGUUCAGACUGUCUUGGUGGUGUACCUGUGGGGGUGAUACGUGAAACGCUGUACAUAGACCUGAUGAGCUGCGGGACUAGGUGUUGCCUCUGGCCACUCUCCUUGCUGUCGCGGCCCUGCCUAGGUGUGGAGUGUGCGGGCUCUCGCCCUGGGCUCCCGGCAGCAGGGAGUGCAGCUGGUGCUGCCUCGGCGGUCCCUGCAGGAGUUGGGGAUGGUGGGCCCAAGCCGGGCCGUGGAGCAGACCAAAUAAAUUAAGCAGUUAACAUGA